GGCUGCGCUCAUGAUCCAAUGUCAGUCACCGAAGCAUGCGUGUGUCGAAGACUUAAAGCACAGCUUCCUAUUUGGCAUCCGAUGCCUGUGCAAUUACCCUUACACUAGCACCAAAUGCCAAUGCAGGUCGUACGUAUGCAUACUCGUACUUGCGCCUCAUGCCGUCCCUUAGUCGAUAUGCCAACAUGGGAAGUAUCUUGUCUUGUACCAAUACGAUGAUGCUACUUGGGUGCGCCCGAUUCACAUCUCAGCUGCAUGCGUUCCCGGAAGAGGUGCCUGUGGCCACUGAUCCAUGCCUCCAAGCCUCGUCCUUCUGCAGGCAGGUGAGGGAUACAGCUCAGCUGGCGCUAUUUCAUGUAUCAUGUACUGCAUCAUGUAUCAUGUAUCGUGCAAGACGGCGAGGAGGAGGCCGCGUGUUCGUGGGAUUCUCUCUCGAUGCCAAUUUACCCGUCAAGCCGCCGGCGGCCAGAGUCAGCGGCUGGGCUGCCCCGUCAGAAAGGCGUGCCUCUUGUUGCUCCGUCCAUAUUAGAUGCUCAAAUACGAAGCCUUGCUUGGGCGUCUGCUACUGUCCGCAUACAUACAAGUACCUGACCUUACCUGCUAGCGUUGACGGGACGUGCGGGCAAUCUCAUCUGCAGCGUGGCCUUGUGUAACGGCAUGUAAGUGUCAGUGUCAGAGGCAGACGCAGAGUCGUGGAAGGGUAAGGUAAGGUAAAGUAAAGUAAAGGUAGGUGGUAUUGGGUAGCCAACAAGGUGAGACAGAGGUUAU